CCCUUUCUUUUCCUGUAGCUUCCAGUUUUGCCUUGAGCCAGUCAGCUUCUGAAACUGACACCUACAGGGUUAAACCUAGUUGCUGUAGCCUCCCCUCCUCCCAGCAGUCCCCCUUUUCACUGUAGGCUGGCAGCUGUCCUAACUGCCUACUGAAGCCAAAUGCUUGAGGAGAGAGAGAGAAAAGAGCCAGCCAUGAAUCCUUUCCAGAAAAAUGAGUCCAAGGAAACUCUUUUUUCACCUGUCUCCACUGAAGAGGUACCACCCAGACCUCCCAGCCCUCCAAAGAAGUCAUCUCCGAAAAUCUGUGGCUCCAGCUAUCCACUGAGCAUUGCCUUCAUUGUGGUGAAUGAAUUCUGUGAACGCUUUUCCUAUUAUGGCAUGAAAGCUGUGCUGACCCUGUAUUUCCUGUAUUUCCUGCAUUGGAACGAAGACACCUCCACAUCUGUAUACCAUGCCUUCAGCAGCCUCUGUUAUUUCACCCCCAUCCUGGGAGCAAUCAUUGCUGACUCGUGGCUGGGAAAAUUCAAGACAAUCAUCUACCUCUCCCUGGUAUAUGUGCUUGGCCAUGUGCUCAAGUCCUUGGGUGCGAUACCAAUACUGGGGGGAAACGUGGUACACACAAUCCUAUCAUUGAUUGGUCUGAGUCUAAUAGCUUUGGGGACAGGAGGUAUCAAACCCUGUGUGGCAGCUUUCGGUGGAGACCAGUUUGAAGAAGAACAUGCAGAGGAACGGACAAGAUACUUCUCAGUCUUCUAUCUCUCCAUCAAUGCAGGGAGCUUGAUUUCUACGUUUAUCACACCCAUGCUGAGAGGAGAUGUGCAGUGUUUUGGAGACGACUGCUACGCAUUGGCUUUUGGAGUUCCAGGACUGCUCAUGGUAAUCGCACUGGUUGUGUUUGCAAUGGGAAGCAAAAUGUACAAAAAACCACCUCCUGAAGGAAACAUAGUGGCUCAAGUUAUGAAAUGUAUCUGGUUUGCUAUUUCCAACCGCUUCAAGAACCGUUCUGGGGAUAUUCCAAAGCGACAGCACUGGCUGGACUGGGCCUCUGAGAAGUACCCAAAGCAUCUCAUUAUGGAUGUGAAGGCACUGACUAGGAUACUGUUCCUUUAUAUUCCAUUGCCCAUGUUCUGGGCUCUUUUGGACCAGCAGGGCUCACGAUGGACCCUGCAAGCCACUAAGAUGAAUGGGAAUUUGGGAUUUUUUGUGCUUCAGCCGGACCAGAUGCAGGUACUAAAUCCCUUUUUGGUUCUUGUCUGCAUCCCAUUGUUUGACCUUGUUAUUUAUCCUCUGAUUUCCAAGUGUGGAAUUAACUUCUCAUCACUCAGGAAAAUGGCAGUUGGUAUGAUCCUAGCAUGCCUGGCAUUUGCAGUUGCAGCAGUGAUAGAAAUAAAAAUAAAUGGAAUGGCCCCACCCCAGCCAGGUUCACAAGAAAUCUACCUACAAAUCUUGAACCUGGCAGAUGAUGAAGUGAAAGUGACAGUGUUGGGAAAUGGAAAUCAUUCUCUGUUGAUAGAGUCCAUCAAAUCCUUUCAGAAAACAACAAAUUAUUCCAAACUGCACCUGAAAACAAAAAGCCAGGAUUUCCACUUCCAUCUGAAGUAUCAUAAUUUUUCUGUCUAUACUGAGCAUUCGGUGGAGGAGAAGAACUGGUACAGUCUGAUCGUUCAUGAGAAUGGGAAAAGUGUCUCCAGCAUGAUGGUAAAGGAUAUAGAAAACAAAACAACAAAUGGGAUGACAGCCAUCAGGUUUAUUAACACUUUGCAUACAGAUGUCAACAUCUCCCUGGGUACCGACACCCCCAUCAGUGUUGGUGAAGACUAUGGUGUGUCUCCUUACAGAACUGUUCAUAGAGGAGAAUACCCUGCAGUGCAUUGUAAAACUGAAGAUAAGGACUUUUCUCUGAAUUUGGGUCUACUAGACUUCGGUGCAUCGUAUCUGUUUGUUAUUAUUAAUAUCACCAAUCAAGGUCUUCAGGCCUGGAAGACAGAAGACAUUCCAGCCAAUAAAAUGUCCAUUGCAUGGCAACUACCACAGUAUAUUCUGGUUACAGUUGCUGAGGUCAUGUUCUCUGUCACAGGACUUGAAUUUUCUUAUUCUCAGGCUCCAUCUAGCAUGAAGUCUGUACUCCAGGCAGCCUGGUUGUUGACUGUUGCAGUUGGGAAUAUCAUUGUGCUUGUUGUGGCGCAGUUCAGUGGCCUGGUACAGUGGGCUGAAUUCAUUUUGUUUUCCUGCCUCCUCCUGGUGGUGUGCCUGAUCUUCUCCAUCAUGGGCUACUACUACGUACCUGUAAAGUCAGAGAAUAUUCACCAACCAGCAGAUAAGCAGAUUCUCCAUUUCCAAGGGGAGGUGAUCAACUUAGAGACCAAGAAUACAAAGCUCUGA